AUGGCGCUGGCCGUGUCGGCGGCGCUGCUGGACCGGCUGCGCCCCGCGGAGCGCCAGGACCCGCUGGAGCGCGGCGCGGGCGCGGCGGCGGUGCGCGCGUCAUAUGUUUUAUGUGCUCUGGGUCUCCCAGAUGUAAGUCUAUCUUUUCUGAGUCUUGGAGCUUUACAAUCUCUAGCAGCUGCCACAUUAUCUCUCCUUCUACAACAUGCACGCCGUUGCUUGGCCAUUGUGGUUGGAUUUGUUUUCCACGCAUGUCUACUAUUGGUCCUGAUGUUAUGGAAACCAACUGGAGAUGAUCCAGCUUUGUUUUAUGUGAUCGCUGCUGCUUGGGCAUUCAUCAUGGAUUUGUAUCCUGAUUCGUGGCAAGCACCUCUUGCUCAGUGCCAUUGUUUCCGCUGUGUGGGAUUGGCAGUUGCCUUCGGUGUCCAUGCAGGUAUCUGUAACUGGGUGAAACUCUAUGCACUUGCUGGAGCCCUAGUAUUAGCCAUUGGUCCAUAUGCUUGGCUUGAAAUGAAGUUGGAUCUUCGUCGUAAGAACAAGAUGGAUUUAGCAUCUUUGUGACCCUGGCCCAGAAGAUAAACAUCACAAAAUUUUGAAUUCACAAGAUAAUGAAAGAAACUAGAACAUAUAUUGUCUCAAGGCAAUUUAGUGUUUUGUAUUGUAAAAAGUUUCUGAACAUAUUGGGACAAAAGAGUUAAUGUAUAUGUGUCCGUAUCACUUGGAAAAUGAUAAUACAUAUGCUAAACAUGUGUAUCGUUUAUGUAACAAGAUGUCACAUUUACCAUUGUUUCAAACAUGUGAAAUAAAAAAUUAUUUGAAACAAGUUUAUGGAAUUGGAUGAUUCAGUAAGUGCAAAUUCAAGAGAUUUAUAUUGCAACACAAAUUUGAAGUGUUGUAGGACAUUUUUAAUAUGUAGAAGCAUAGUAUUAUUGUUCUCAACAUGCCUUCAAGCUUCUUUCAGAUUUUGCAGAAUCAGAUGACUGAUAGGUUAUGGUUUGUAAAAUACUGAGAGUGUUGUUUGUGAUGAAAUACAUUGUAGUCCUCAGUAUUAAAAAAGUGACAAAUAUUCAUAAUGUCUUUAGUGUUGGCUUUCUUAGAGUGUUUUAAAAGUUACCAAAAGUUUUAUUAUUCAGUUAAAAUAAGGAUACCUAGGUUUGUUAUUUAAAAGAUGUUAAGUCAACAUAAUGGAGACAAAAUAGUGUAGAAAUAUAAUAAAAAAAUAUAAUGGUUGACAUGUACCAACAUUAAACUGUGUUUUUAUUUUAAUUGAUAUAUAGUGGUUGAAUUUUCUGAGAUAAAAUAUUAAACAAAUAUGAGAACUUAAAAAAAAGUAGAAACAAAAUGUAAUGGCCUCUUAAUAAUUUUAUAAAAAUAUCCUCAUGCAGGCCCGUGAGGAUGGCAUAGAUUCUCGUCUUUGAAGUUCAAUGGGAUAUAAAUAUAUAUUUAGAACUUGGAUACAGCUGGAACUGGAAUAAUUGUGUAGGACUGCCUCUAUUCACUGAUAUAUCAGUAAGUAUAUUAGAAUGAAUAUUGAACAGAAGUAUAUAUGCAUCCUCUAAUUAGUUUUGCAGGAAAUUAAUUAAAAAAGUAACAAGUGUACAUGUUUGUAAAAUAGAUUAUUAUUUUCCAUUUUUCAUCAGAUUGUCUACAUACUCAAAAAAACUGUGUCAGUGAUCUUGACUGCAGUGUAGACUGCAAAGUACAGCUCAUAGGAAUGGCAUAUAGGUGUUUACUUUCUGUGUUCAGAAAGUAAAUGAACUUUAUAAACCUAGACAUUUUAUCACUGCUUAAAGAAGAAACAUUGAGAUUUUACAUUUUGACUAUGUGUAAUACACAUUCUCUAAAACUUACAUUGCAGUCAACACAUAUUCUAUUACCUAUGUUAUUCAUGAUGUGAAUGUAUAAACAUCAAAACUUCAUGCAGUUAUUUAUAUUAUUUUGAUAAAAAAAAUAUUGCAAAAAAUUCAAAAUUAUUUUUCAGUAAACUGCUAAUGUUUAUCAGCUAAGUAGGUUAGGCAAGUAAGUGUUCAGAAUCAGAAGGGAUUUAUGUAUAGAAAGAUCAAUCAGUUAGGCAAUGGCUUCUCAUGACUCAGUAGCGCAUUGAAUAUGGGUGCUCAAAGAGACUGUAACUUGAUAUCUGUUGGAAAAAUUAUGAAAAGACUAAAGAAGUUUACACAUUUUUUAAAUGUAGAAGUUGAUCAACUAAAGGACUUAUUUAGAGUAACAUGUUCUCCAUUAAGAUAAUAUUUUCGUUUUCAGUGCCUUGCUGAUGGAAACCAUUGCCACAUAUGAAAACAAUACUACGCAAUGUUUAAAACUUUACAAAUCCCUGACUCGAUUGACAUUUUCUUGAAACAUACAGGCUCUUAAUCAUGAAAAAUCAUGAGCAAUGGAGAAUUUCUGAUUUUUCCUGUUAGUGUUUAUGAUAAAUCAUUGUAAGAAGAUCAACAAUUAUAAUAAUUUCAACUUCCUAAUAUAAUGCACAAAAUAUUGACAAUGGGGUACAAUAUUACAGAGGGUUUUUAUUAAGAACUGUUAUUUGUGUUCAAAAUCAGAACUGAGUUUUAUACUUGAAUGAGUUAAAACUCAAUAUAUAACUCUUAUUUUAUAACUAUAUUAGUGUUUAAUAAAAAUAGAUAAU